AUGGCAGUCGAUGUGGAGGAUAACCUCAACCAUCAUCUGAACAACGAGCACUUCGGAGUCCUCGAAGCCAAACCAUUCGGGUCAAUUCGCUACUAUCACUAUAGGGCUAACUCCACCUCAGAUCGCGAGCUAGCGGUGUUCUUCCAUGGAUUUAACUUUUACUCUAAUCUCUAUGCGCCAUUCCUUAAUAAGCUGUCGGAGCGGUUUGACGUCAUCACAUGCGACCUCCCCGGGCAUGGAGAGACAUCUCCAAUGACCGAUAUGAAAGACUACACACCAGACAAUUUCAUUCUAUGCCUACAGAAGGUUAUAGAGCACUGUGCAGCUGCUGAUAGAAAGCUUCACCUUAUAGGGCAUUCUAUGGGCGGACUACUCGCCGGCCUGGCAGCAACAAGGCCCUUCUUCAAGAACAGACUCCUUUCGGUAACCAUGUGUUGCCCAGCUGGUAUCCAUCUCGUCGAGGGUUUGGACACCAAGCUGCUUAAAACAUCGCUGGGCCAAAAGAUAGUUCACGCAAACCUGUCCAGGUCUCUCAGGAUCCUCAAGAAGUCCAUGGAGAAGCGUACGUACAGAUAUCUUCCAGAACAUGUGGCAACACAGCUGCGAGAACUAUACAACGGGUUUCUUGAAAAGCACUGGGAGAAGGUGCUUCUGCGUACAUUCUACAUGAUUCCCAACUUUCCGUGGAGCAACUGUCAUGAUGAGUUUAAGAAGCUUUCCGAUCUUUCUGUUCCCGUGACAAUCUGGCUGAGUAAGCGUGAUUCUUACGUUGGGACAAAGAGAACAGCCAAGUUCUUCAGCCAGGAUGUAUUCAGUGGAAAGGUUAAGGUUAUCAUCGAAGAAAACUCUCUUCAUGACCUUCCUGUGCUAAUCCCUACCAAGGUGGUUGAGGCCAUAAAGAAAAAGGAUGCUUGUGCCGCAGAUAUUGAUAUUGUUGAAAGUGUCUGA